UAAACACUUUGAAGAGAAAGGUCACUGAAUAUUAAAAAAGCAAAAUGACAUCUGCACAUCAUGCAACCAUUUGAAGAAUGAAUAGAAAAGUUUUACAAUAUUAGAUUAGCGAUAGUCGAUAGAAAAAAAAAGGUAAAGAUCCUAUACUUCGUAGACUCAAGGGUGUGAACUAGAGACCACCACGUUCUCUAAUACACACAUACACACAUACUCUCCUUAUAUAUAUGAUCUAAUUUAAUGAUCAAGAACUUAAUUUCUCAUACGAAGUUAAUCAUUCACACACACACUCACACACAAUUGACUUGAGUUGACAGAAAUGGAAUCUCUAUUGUGUCCGAGGAAGAUGAAGAGAGUGAUGAUGCUAAUAGUAACAUUGACGUGGCUCCGUGGCACGUGCGGGGAGCUGCUCGAUGACCAGCUAUUCGAAGUGGGAAAGCUUCAGAUGUUCGUCGACGACCUCCCAGAUAUGCCUAGACUCCAUGGAUUUAACUCUGUUCAUGGCAUCCUCAAACCCACUUCUCUUCAAAUCGGCAUGUUCUCCACUAAAUGGAAAUUUCAUAGAGAUUUGCCUGCGACACAAGUGUUCGCCUACGGCACAUCACGUAGCAAGGCAACAGUUCCUGGUCCGACGAUCGAAGCAGUGUAUGGAGUAGACACAUACGUUACGUGGCGAAACCACCUUCCUACAUCUCACAUUCUUCCUUGGGAUCCCACAAUCUCUCCUGCGACCGCGAACCACGGUGGAAUCCCUACGGUGGUUCACUUACACGGCGGAAUCCACGAACCAGCCAGUGAUGGAAACGCUGAUGCGUGGUUCACUGCGGGUUUCAAAGAGACUGGACCAAAAUGGACCAAAACGACGUUGCAUUACGAGAACAUGCAACAACCUGGUAACAUGUGGUACCACGACCAUGCCAUGGGUUUGACCCGAAUCAACAACCUCGCCGGUAUGGUAGGCGCCUACGUUCUUCGCCACCACGCCGUCGAAUCUUCUUUUCGGCUACCCACGGGAGAUGAAUUUGACCGGCCGUUGAUCGUUUUCGACCGGAGCUUUCGUAAAGACGGGUCAAUAUACAUGAACGCAACUGGGAACAACCCAUCGAUUCACCCGCAAUGGCAACCGGAAUAUUUCGGCGAUGUGAUCAUCGUCAAUGGAAAAGCGUGGCCGCGACUAAACGUCCGACGUAGGAAAUACAGAUUUCGCAUCAUAAACGCAAGCAACGCAAGAUUCUUCAAAUUCUUCUUCUCCAACGGUCUAGAUUUCAUCGUGGUAGGUUCUGAUUCUGCGUAUCUCUCAAAACCGGUGGUGACCAAAUGGAUUCUCUUAUCUCCGUCAGAAAUCGCAGACGCCAUCGUUGAUUUCUCGAAAUCGCCGUCGGGAACGGUGGUGCUCGCUAAUGAUGCGCCUUAUCCUUACCCUAGGGGUGAUCCCGUCAACAAAGAAAACAGCAAGGUAAUGAAAUUUAUCGUCAAAACUGAACCAGAGGAUGACACAAGUACAAUUCCCAAGAGGCUUAUUGAUUACUCGGCUGCUGAUGCGUCAAACGCUGUCCUCACGCGUUACAUCUCUAUGUACGAGUACGUGAGCAGUUCUGAUGAGCCAACUCAUUUGUUUGUCAACGGCUUGCCCUAUGACGCUCCCGUCACGGAAACUCCAAAAAUAGGAACCACCGAGGUGUGGGAAGUGAUAAAUUUGACGGAGGAUAAUCAUCCGUUACACAUUCAUCUCGGACUUUUCAAAGUGGUUGAGCAAACGGAGUUAUUGGCGGGAGGACUGGAGGAGUUCAAGGAGUGUAUGACAAAACACAACGACGCCGUCAAGUGCAAGAUUAGUAAAUACGCACGAGGGACAAAGACUGCGGUGACGGCACACGAGAGAGGCUGGAAGAACGUGUUCAAGAUGAUGCCGGGACAUGUGACGAGGAUACUCGUACGCUUUUCUUAUAUCCACACUAACGCAUCUUACCCUUUCGAUGCCACUCAGGAACCCGGCUACAUCUACCAUUGUCACAUACUGGACCACGAGGACAAUAUGAUGAUGAGGCCGCUUAAGGUCAUUAAUUGAUAUGUAUUCAAUAAAAAAAAAAGAACAAUCGGAUAUUUUAAUAUGUUACACAUUGAGAAUGUAAUAUAAUCUCUACUUUAUUAAUCCCUAGCAAUAAUUAAUUAGUUCUAAUUUCUAAAAAUUAGUACUGGCUAUGUUGAAAGAACCAUUCUUUCCUGAAUUUGUUCCACUUAUGAAUCCAAAUUCAGAAAUAAUAAGAAUUUUCUAAAUUGA